AUGAAGGAUCUGUUAAAUUUUGUGAAAUUGAAGAAUGAUCAAGGCAACACUAUGUUUCAUGAAGCAAUGUUAUGUCACAAGAGAAAUAUUGAUGGCGAUACGAUUUUCAAAGUCUGCGAACAAUACGAAAUUGAAGAUUCGUAUGAGAUGUCAUUGUCAAAUAAUUGUUAUAACUUUGCAGUAGAUAUUUGUAAUAAUGAAAAGAAAACAGUACUCUAUCUUGCAGUUGAAAAUGGAAAUAAGGAUGCAGUCAAUGUAAUAUUUGACAAGUCUCGCAAGAAUGAUGAUAUGCCAUUGGGAUUAUCACCUUUGAUAGCAGCAAUAAUAAUGCAUAAUCAAGAAAUGUUGAGGAUCAUAAUACAAAAUAGGGAUAUUUGGAUCUACACAAUGGACAAACAUGGCAUGCUUCCACCACUUCAUUAUGCUGCAUCCAUAGGGUACCUCCAAGGUGUUGAAUUAUUGCUUGAUUUAUGUAAAUCUUGCACCAUUCAAACGGACAAAUAUGGUUAUUUCCCAAUCCAUCUAGCAUCUUAUGGAGGCCAUGUGGAAGUAGUGAACAAGUUGUUACAAUAUUGUCCAGAUCCAACAGAGAUGCUUGACACUUCUCAUAAGCGUAAUAUUCUCCACAUUGCAGCAAGUCAUGGAAAAUAUGGGGUAAUAUGCUACAUAUUACAAAGUGAAAUUCCUGAACAUCAAAAGCUGAUAAAUCAAAAGGAUAAUAAUGGAGAUACCCCUUUGCAUUUGGCUGCAAGAUCAUGUCAUCCCACAACUGUAUACAACUUAGUUAACCAAAACAACGAAAAGGUGAAUCUUGAUUUGGUUAACAACAACAACGAAACUGCUCUUGACAUAGUUGAUUCAUUUUAUGAGGUUGGAAAAUCAUCUUUUAGACAGGCAAGUAGUUUUAUCCUCUUACAAGCUCAUAAAUUUUUAAAAACUGGUUCAUAA